GGCAGCCUCGGCAAGAUUCAUCAACAUAACCCACGCAUGCGACCUAAAAGGGCGAACAUCAAGCGCGAAUUGCUCGAGCUUGUCAAAGAUCCGAUUCCUGGUGAUACGCUGUUUUUCUUCUAUGCUGGGCAUGUCGGUCAAUUGACGUGCGAUGAGCACUCUGAAACAGAUGGCCAGGACGAAGCUCUGAUACCUGCUGACGCCGUCCGGCCUUGGGAAUGUCUCCACAUUCCUGCAGAGUCUUUGCGACAGAUCGACCACGGCAGCUGGCUCAAGGAUAAUGAGCUGAAGAAGAUCCUCGUAAAUGAUCUGCCUCAUGGCGUUCGACUGGUGUGCGUUGUCGAUGCGUGUCAUUCCGGAACGCUAUUCGACCUACCGCACGGCCCAUGCAACACGGCUCAGAUCGCCGCCGCCCGUCGUCUCCGCACCUAUCUCCCCGACAUCCCGCAUCUGUCUCGACCAUCUUCACGCGCCUCUCUUCUACGACCAGAGAUCGUAUGCAAGAACGCUUUCUGUCCUCGACGUCCAGCGGUCACCACAGCCACGACAUCAUCGAUCGACAUUGUCACGAACCCCAAUUUUAGAGGGAAGGAGAACGUGCGAAUGAUCGCUACCGCAGACGACCGCCGUGACGGAGUGCCCGGACGGCGGAAUUCGAGCCACGACUCCUGCCACAUGCACUGCAGCUGCCGCUCGUUCCAGGACUCGGAGUCGUCGCAAAUCCUAGGAGGGGCAGACGCCAACACCAGCUUCGACUCGGAGUGGCCGAUGUCGUCGUUCAGGUUCAUGGGCAGAUCGGAACCCGACGCGUUCCAAUGCGAGUCCCCGACGGUGAUGCUGCCGCUUCUGUCGGAGGUCGAGCAGCCGUGCGGCGAAUCGUGCAAAGUCGACCCUGACUUCAUGGGUCCCCACAUCGUUACUAUUUCGGCGUGCAUGGACGAUCAGGAAGCCUGGGAGAACAAGAAGACUGGAGGCUCUCUCACACAAAUCCUUGUCCCAUACCUCAAACAACACCGGAAACCUACCUACCGAGCGCUCAUGGAGCAUACGAACAAUAAGCUUGACAAUAUCGUCCACAAUGUCCACAAGAGAUAUCGCAGAAACUUGGUAUCCGGUGUCUACUAUCCUCAGGGUGGGCCUUACCACGGCCCAGCCUACCAGGAUCCGCAGCUAUGCAGCCUGACACCGCUGGAUUUGGAUGAGCUCUUUAUUCUAUAAUCGCACAGUAAUCUCGGCACGCACACCCCACGCUGUCUUCGCUUUCGCUUUCUGAACCUGCUUCGGGUUAUCGCAUCGUAUUCACGGACUACUUGACCUUCA